AUGAAUUAUUUAUUACUGCUAUGGUUCCUAUUGUCGAUCUGUGCUGCUGAUGAUCUCAUUAAUCCACAAAAGUGUUGGUUCCGAUGUACAGCUUCUUGCCUAAAUGAACAUAAGGGUGGAAAUGUACAACAUUGCCUAGCUACUUGCAAGCCAUAUGACGAUCCACAGCUUUGCGCACCGGACGACCUGAAAUGUUGGGAAAAGUGCAAGGAUCAGAAACCGGCACAGCCUAUUGGUGUCACUGAUGGGUUCCACAUGGAGCAGAACAAUCUAACAAGUGUCGUCGUCUUCAACCCGGUCAAAGGAGCAACGUUUUAUGUUGUGCAGUACAAGGGUUCGAAUGAGGAGCAUUUUGCACCAGAUCAUUUUGAGAUCUCCUCACAACCUGUCAUGUCAAACUCACAGAAACCAGAUCCGAUCUUCUGCGAUCCUAUUGAGAUCAGAGUAGCGGCUGUUUCGUCCAGUGGAGCCGGACCGUUUUCUGAACCUUAUUCAAUGGCUGCUCCUCGCCCACUUGUCAAUCCGAAACUGCAUUUGUCACGGAUGGUUUACUUGGACAUUCCUCUAAGAAGUGACUUCUACUCAGCGAAUGGUACUGUCGAGAUCACUUUUCAGUUCGAGGCUGGAGCUUGGCGUCCGGGAGCUCAAGAUCUACAUAUAGAACCAAUGUUCUAUCUAAUUACAUGCGCAGAGCCGGAUCUAAGCCAAGGAGUACCUACACCAGUUUUUACGAAAGGCUCGGAACCAAAUACUCUAAUAGGCCGAGUGGGAUCUGAUAUGAUGUAUCGUAAAUGUCGAUUUGUGUACUACGCACAACGUGUAUCCAGUCGGAGGUGCGCAACUCGUACGGAAAUCCGCCAGCCACCACCCGGUGAUCUACAGACAAUGACUAUCAGUUGUGACACAGUGGAACGCAAUCCUUGUAUAAAGGUGGACAUGUUCCAGCCACCAAUUUGUGGACAAAUUAAUGAUAUACACUAUAAGGUUAUCAAGAAGUACAUGGAUCCUGAUGAGAAGGAGUACAAUCUCUCUCUUAACAUUACUUUUGAUCCUAUCGUGCGAGAAAAUGAAGCACCAACCUUGUACUUCCAAGCCUUUUACGGUGAUGCCCUACCGUAUUCGAGAAAAGAAGAGGAGGCAUUGGCCGGAGUGAAUAUGACGCAUGUUCUCGGUAACACCACGAAUUGUCUCGCAUUCGAUAGCAACGGCCUUUGUCUGGCAGAUACAGGCAACAGUGUUAACAUUUCUGGUGUCCAUUUUGACAAUUUAUACGGCAUAACAUUUUGUGCUGUGAAGGACCCACGAAACCUUACGAUUCCUGAUUUAACAGAGACAAACCGGGCGUUCAAGCCUAGAGCUAACAAAAUAUUUGUGGAUUCCAAAGAAUAUGCUUCUGCCAAAGUGGGCCUGAUCGUCGGCAUCGUGGUGGGAGCUGUGGCGCUGUUGGUGCUUGGUAUUAUUGGAGUAUGCUGCUACAUCAGUAGAAAGCAUAGGCAAGAGAACAAAUUAUACCAGCUGAAAUUGGCACAGUUAGAACGAGAAAAGGAGUGUCGCUACAUCGACUUUCCUAAAAAGCACGAUAUAUGGGAAAUCGAGCGCCGUAACUUGAUCAUUUUCGAUGAAGUGAAGCUUGGAUCCGGAGCUUUUGGAGCUGUUUACUUAGGAAAACUUCUUGGAAAAUCGUUGACGAAUAAAGACGCAACUUCACCAUUAGGUGUCAAUCUAAUGAGAGCAGAGAAUUGCCAGGUAGCUGUGAAAAUGUUACCGGAAUAUGCCGACGACAUGUCAAGAAGCGAAUUCCUUAGAGAAAUCGGUCUUAUGAAAACACUAGGUUAUCAUGAAAGGCUCGUAAAUAUGCUUGCUUGUAUAACGGAUUCCGAACCACUUUGUCUCAUAGUGGAAUACUGUAGUGACGGAGAUUUGCUGCGUUUCUUACGAGUGCGCUGUAAAUACAUGAUGAAACUGGAUGCAGCAGGUAUCAACUAUCACGAGCCACCUGUCGAUGAUAGUUACGACAUCGAUAGUGUCAUAACCCUGAAGCAGUUGUUAAUGUUUGCUGUUCAGAUCAGUUACGGCUUGGAAUAUCUUUCUUCAAAAGGCUUUGUACAUCGUGAUGUGGCAGCAAGGAACGUGCUUGUAAAUGGAAAAAAUGCUUGUAAAAUUGGAGACUUUGGAUUGUGCCGAAAUUUAUACUCUGACAGCUCGUUGUAUAAGAGCAAGGGAGGUCGUUUACCACUAAAAUGGAUGUCACCAGAAGCUAUACGACACUACGAGUUUUCAGCACAGAGUGAUGUAUGGGCUUUCGGUGUUCUACUGUUCGAGAUCAUAACACUUGGCGGAUCGCCGUAUCCAUCCGUACCGCCCGAAGAGAUGCUUCAAUUCCUUGAAAACGGUGGUCGAAUGGAAAGACCGGACAAUUGUCCAGAGAACUUCUAUGAGGUGAUGUGCGAAUGCUGGACAUGUGAUCCAGAGAAGCGUCCCGAUUUCUCUGCGAUUCGCCAGAAAUUAGCAGCACAACUCGAGGAAAUUACUGAGGAGUAUAGCUAUUUGACAUUAGAUGCUCAAAAAGACUAUUAUAAUGUACAGUAUGGAAAUGAAAAGCCUGAUGUAAUUGUUAUUCCCGAAACGGAGUCCAUAUCAGAAACAGCAGCGAGGAAGUCGAUAGAUGCUUCCACGUUAUCUGUUGACAGCCUACCGAUCGAUGAUGUCACGACGUGGAGUGAUCGCGAAAAGUCGGGUGACCUUGCGAGGAAGCCGGAUUCCGGAACCAGUUGCGUAAGCGGAAGAAGUCGAAGCGGUGCGGUGGCGCUUGCGGAUGAGGUCGUAGUGGGACCGUCGCGAACUGUAGCGUACGUGCAUGACCAACUGAUGACAAUGUUUCCGCUAUGGAUAAUGGGUGAUAUCAGAUCUAUCAAUCAUGGAAUGAAAGCAACUUCAUCUAGGAGUGUGCCAGUUUUCUACACAAGUUCAGGAAGAGCGGUAAUGGAAUCACGUCCUCUAAUAUUUCCUUUCACUAUAAACACGGUUACGAGUAUACUACUGCACGCGAUAUCCGUAUCUAUUGUACUGAAGAGUAUUACGAAAUGCUGCAAACAAAAGACGCGGUCUGCUUCCGGUGUCGACCGGACGUCAGCUAUAUCAAGAUCAAGGCCAUCGCAGUCAUUGAAGAGUUCUGCCAAAGUAAAGAGUGAAGCUCCGACCCCAAGAAAUCGAAGCGAAAAUAGUGCUGAUCCACCAAAAGAUAACACUCCGAAACCGACGUUAAAAGAAGAUCAAACACAAUAUCAAACACAGGAAAAAAGCGUAAAAUUCCUACCAUAUCCAGAAGUUAGGGAGCCUUCACCAAGUGCGAAAAAACGUCGACAUGAAGAGUUGGAAAAAGAAAAAAAGAACAAAAUAGCUCAAGGUUUCUAUCAGGAACGAUCGGAUGAGGAUGAUACUCUGGAGAAAGUGAAUAGCUUAAAAAUGGAACAAUCGGAUGCCACUUUAAAGAAAAGAUCAUUGCGAAAGAAGAUACAGGCUUACUACGAGGCUACUCUUUUCACUCUUCCGAUAUUUGAAGACUAUUCCUGUCACUGA